GUUGCCGCUGCGCCUGAUUGCAGGCAAGAAAGGGGGCGGUUGGGCUAAUUUCUUGCUUUUUGCAAUUAUUUUAAAGGGCCUACCCCUGCACCGCUUCCCUUAAUUGCUAUGCUGGAGUACUUUGAUCGGAGAAGAAAUAGCUAGCCGAUCGUGUCUGCACCCCAGUCCCGUAUAGUAGUGCUCAUCUUCAAAAGGACAAAUUAAUGUUUUCCAGCAUCGGGAGAGGAGAGAGGAAGGGGAAGUCGUGCAGCCGCCGCCUGUCUGGCUCUGUCUUCCCAGGCAGUCUGAGAUGAAAUUAUUUUCGGGGGCGUUGGCAUGGCAUCCUUAAAGACUUUCGGGCAGGCUGGACAGAGCGAUGCCGAGGAGAAUGGAGGGGACCUGGAUCGAUCGCUCCAACAGAUGCUAAGGGCGAUAGUGGAGGAGAGGAACCGUAUUACCAUCCGUCACGAGAUCAGUGGGCUUGGGUGUUUCAAAGAUGACCGCAUUGUGUUCUGGACAUGGAUGUUUUCCACCUAUUUUAUGGAGAAAUGGGCUCCCCGGCAGGAUGACAUGCUGUUCUAUGUACGCAGAAAACUAUCCUGUGUCAGUGGAGAUAAUACAGAUGGAAAGAAGCAGGUUGAAGUUGAAGUGUACCGCAGGGAUUCCAAGAAGCUCCCUGGCCUGGGAGAUCCAGAUAUUGACUGGGAGGAGAGUGUCUACCUGAACCUCAUUCUGCAAAAGCUGGAUUACAUAGUGACAUGUGCUGUUUGUACUCGUUCUGAUGGUGGGGAUAUCCACAUUCACAAAAAGAAAUCCCAGCAAGUUUUCGCAUCUCCAAGUAAACACCCAAUGGACAGCAAAGGGGAAGAAUCCAAGAUUAGCUAUCCAAACAUAUUUUUUAUGAUUGACAACUUUGAGGAGGUAUUCAGUGAUAUGACUGUAGGAGAAGGUGAGAUGGUUUGUGUGGAGCUGGUGGCCAGUGAUAAAAGUAACACUUUCCAAGGAGUUAUCUUCCAAGGAUCUAUCCGCUAUGAAGCUCUCAAGAAGGUCUAUGACAAUAGGGUAAGUGUUGCUGCAAAAAUGGCACAAAGGAUGUCUUUUGGCUUUUACAAAUACAAUAAUAUGGAGUUUGUGCGAAUGAAGGGACCACAGGGAAAAGGACAUGCAGAAAUGGCAGUGAGUCGCAUUUCAACAGGUGACACUUCUCCAUAUGGUACAGAGGAGGAUUCAAACCCAGGCUCACCUCUGCAUGAGAGAGUCACUUCCUUCAGCACUCCUCCAACUCCAGAACGCAACAACCGCCCUUCUUUUUUCUCUCCAUCCCUCAAGAGGAAAGUGCCCCGGAAUCGAAUCGCUGAAAUGAAGAAAUCCCACUCUGCCAAUGACAGUGAGGAGUUCUUUAGAGAUGAUGAGGAUGGAGAUCUGCACAAUGCAACAAACCUACGGUCCCGGUCUUUAUCUGGAACAGGAAGGUCUCUUGUGGGCUCAUGGCUGAAGCUCAACAGAACAGAUGAAAACUUUCUACUCUAUGCACACUUAACUUAUGUCACGUUGCCAUUGCAUCGAAUCUUAACAGAUAUUCUGGAGGUGCGGCAGAAACCGAUUCUGAUGACAUAGCAGAGAACUGGGCACUGCCUUGGAAACCUUGCAGCCAAGUGCCUAAAAGACUGACUACAGUGGUCUUCUGUUACAGCACCACCAUCUAGCGUCAGGAACUUAGCAUUACACUGAAAAAGGGAUGUCUAGGAAUUACCAGCCAGCCAAACAAGAAGUGCCUCUCCCUCCCUCCCUCCCUCCCUCCUUUGCUGUAAUACUUAUGCUCACUUUAAAAAGAAAUGGAAAACAACUACGUCUCUUUAUAGGUAUGACUGGCAGGAGAAUUCCAAUGAAUUAAAAGGAGAAAAACUACCACUGCAAAAGUAGGGGCUGUGUUUAAAAUCAAUGCUUUAUGAACAAUUUGUUACAGUGUUCACUUUGUAAAUGGAAACCAACCUGUACAGAAUGUAUUAAUCUUUAUAUACUUUAUGAGAAAUGUCCAUAGGAUUUCAUACUGAUGUACAAAUGAAUAUUGUUUCAUAGACUGUUGAGAACCCUCCUUGUGGUAUAAUAAAACAACUUUGUGUCUGUGUUUUAAACUUGAUAGGACAGCAAAAUAGUCAAGGGAAACUAGGGACUUGGACUGAGUGCCUGCUGGCUACAUCUAGUAGUCCAACUGGAACUAGAUGGCUUGGUUUUUCCCCUUCUGUCAAAUGGUAUUCUCCUAGGGCUUGCAGCACAAACUGAUUCCAGACAUCUUUUUCAUCUACCAAAGAUCAGCAAAAAGCCCAGCCAAAAAUAUCUGAAGGUUUGAGAUGAACACUGAAGAGAUGUACUUGCCUGGCCCCAGUCUGGCAAGUAAACCUGUCUCUAAUAGCAAGUCUGCAGCAGAAAAGCGGGAAAAUAUGACCGUAAGACUCUAAUACCAAAAAUGCUAGUGGAUUUCAGCCAGAUACAGUAUCCUGAAUUGUUGGUAAUUGGAGCUAAUUGAAGUAGCUCCUAAAUAUCUUUAAACUUUUAUUCAGUACUUGAUAAAUGGCCACAUUGAUCAGUUUAAGUUUUUGUUGUAUUGGUGCUGCUGUGCUUUGAUACAGAGAAGCCUAAUUGUUAUUUUAAGUUCUCAAAAAAAAAAAAAACAAAAAAACUGAGAAUUAUUCAAAAAUCAUGGAUGGUAGAGAGAUUUGAUAUUUGUUGGCUGAGUUUUGAUCAAGUCUGCUGUAUAAUAAGAUGCACAGAAAAUACCAUCUUAUGUGUAGCAGAGGUAGUUUCACUGCUCUUUGUGCACAUGUACUAUUCUUAGCUGAGCUAUUUCAAGCAAAAGAAGAUUCUUCAGAUUUGAUCUGAAAAGUCUAGAGUUGGUCACAGUAAUGUCACAGAUCUUCCACAUCCUCAGAACAGCUUUGCAACUUUCUUUUAGAUGUUUGUGAUUGUCUUUAUAACUUUGUAAAGACGUACUACAGAGUAGUAUUUACAUACUACUCUGUAUGUGCUACUUUAGAAGGAAGUAGUAGGCAGCUUGGCUAACUUACAAGCAGAGGGCUGAGAAUGGUAACUGAUCUAAUGUCAUGUUUCUUGCUGUGUAUGCGUGUCAUGGAUGUUGUAAUGCAGGGUAAGCCUGGAUGUCACUGCAGGCAAAGCCCCCUCUGAAGUUUUCCUUUUCAUUUAGGCAGCACCCAGUUUCAUCCUGAAAUUUAGCUUGUUCAGACACAAGUUCUUGACAUGAUUCUUGCAUCAAAGCCUGUUCACUCUUCACCACUGUCAUACUUUUUAAUGCUAUAUCAUUGCAAGAACCUAAUCAAACAAAUCAGGUUGGUGGGCAAGGUGGUAACAAAAUUAUGUGUGUUUGGAGGUGCAGGUAUCCUGCUCAUUGAAAAUAACAAUCCAGAAGAGGUUGGUUUCUUUUCUAGAGCAAAUGCAGCAAGGUAGUAACUUAAAUUUUAUCUUUUGGCAGAGACAACGUUACAGGGGUCAGGAACAUAAGUGCCACUCAAAUCCUUGAACCUGCUCUCUGUACUGAGAUUACUGGCACACAAAUGACAGUCUUUCCAUGACUACUCUUUGUUGUAACUUUACUAAUAGCAGGAAGUAGUUCAGUCUAUCAUGCAACUUGAUUUCUUCAGACAUGUCUAUAUAACGGAUUAUGGUAGCUUUUUCUCUAUCCUGAAAGGCAUAAUUGGAUGGCCAUUGUGGAAUCUUUCUGCUGUGUUCAAACAUGCAAAAAAUCUUAAUAUUAAAACACAACAACCAUUUUUGAUCCCAUUCCUACACUAAUCAGAGGUGAGGCGGGAGCUAUUUGAAAAGCAGCCUCAGAUAUAACUGUUCCUAGAGUGGACUACUGUGGGUAGAGGACCAAGUCUUUGACUUCAAUCAUGUUAAGGAAAAAAUUCAUCUUCCCUGUACAUCCAAAAGCCUGCAUGCAGGACAGAAGACUAGAAGCCAUUCAGUAUGUGCUGGGCCAUUUAUGGGGAGGGGAAGUAUUCAGGCAUCCAGUUCUCUACCUGCUAUCUUAAAAGGUACAACCCAAAUUAGACCAUUGUGUAGCUUAGCUCCUGAAAGUGAUGCUGCUUUAAUAUGGAAAGCUGCAAGCAAAACAGCAACUGGUUGACAAAACUUGCUAUAAACAUAUUAACUUCCUACUACAAAGCAGGGGUAGGCCCCAUAAGUAUCUCUUAUUUUUAAUGGACAAACUACAUAAAAAUAGCAAAGAGCUGCUGCUGUAAUUGACCUCUGGAUGUCAAUUUAUCUGUGUUUCACUUCUGUGCCACUGCCCUGUACCUUUCCUUGCCCUUCGUCAUUGCUCUUUAGUAAGUUAAAAUGCAUGGUAAGAAUAUGACUGGCAUGCAGUGCAAUCCUAUGUCCUUUCCAAAGAGGUGAGAACCCUGCACCCUAUUCAGUGGGACCUGCUCCUGGGUCAGCUCCCACAAAGCCAUCCUUGGGGGAAGCCUCUUGGCCUCAAGGAAGGUGCUCCUGAUCACGUGGAGGGGAGGCAGGCUUCUCAAGAAUUCUUGAUGAAAUUCUUAAUCAUUGUAUUAGAGUUCUUUAUUAUAUUGAUGAGAGAUGGAUUAACUUAUGUACCUUUUUAGGCUCGUAAUUUUUUGGUGAGCAAUGCAUUGCCAUUUUUCAUUAUAAGCUCCUUUUCAUUUCAGUCACUUCAAGGUUCAACAGGGAAGAGAUGGUUAUUGCUAGUUGCAAACUCGUGUCUAACCCAUCGCAACCCCAUGGACAACAUUCCUCCAGACCUUCCUGUCCUCUACCAUCCCCCGGAGUCCACUUAAGCUCAUGCCAACUGCUUCAGUGACCCUAUCAAGCCACCUCAUCCUUUGCCACCCCCUCCUUUUGCCAUCUAUUGUUCCCUGCAUUGGGAAGAGAUUGUCACUGCUAAAUGCAACAAUUUAAAUUUUAUGAAUUUUGUGGUUUGAUAUGCCACAGUUAAUACAUGUUACAAUAUAUUCUAGUGGAGUUUGGUAGCUUGACCAUCUUUGACUAGGUUUUGAGGGGUUUUUUGGGGGGGGCUGUUACCUCAGGAAUGCUAUAUGUAGUUGAAAUGUAAACUGUGUGAAAAGCUUGAUACUAAAAAUAGGUAGAAAUAUAAUGGUAUUUCUGAAUUGUUCCAGCCUACAGCUAUGUUCUGCUUUCAGACAGGCACGUGUUCCAGCUGGGCUCUGGUAUACCUUGGCAUUCUUCAGAGGGUUAGUGGGUUUUCUCUGAAAUUAGCAGGAAGAUCUUGGAAGCCCUCCUCCGUAAAGUGUAGAUUAAUAACUUGGGGUGUGGGGAGGGGGAAAUCUGUGUUCACAUGAGUUAAUGGGGAGUGCUAGGUACUUUCUUGUAUAAGCAGUUUAUGGUUUGGGAGCUUUACAACAAUCCCCUUUGAGUAAAGGUUGCUUUUGAAGGAAAAGGUCUCUUGUUCAUCAGCAGGUUGCUGUUGCUCCAUGAUGCUGUGCCUUUCUGAACGUACCUCUUAAUGUGGGACACAACAUUUUGCUUUGCACAAUGCAUGUUCAUCUGAUGAUGGUGCAUAGGUGGAAGGCUUGAAUGUGGAAGGCCCCCAGCAUCCUACUGUAUGUUGCAUUCUGAGAAAUGUGUGUCCUUGUGGACUGGGCUACCCAGUGCUGGGUUUUGGAGGCAAGUUUUUGCCUGCUUGCACAGGCUUUUCUGCAAGUGCAAUCCUUUUUUUAUAUAUAUUUUUGUAAGGUGAACAGUUCCUUUGGGAGGCUCUGUAUGUGGAUUAGGGGAUAAACCUGUUCUCGAGUGCUUCCCUCAGUUCCUCUUGAGCCUAGCUGCAGCUGGAGAUCAGUUCCUUGUCCUCACUUGAGCAAAGAGGCAAAAUGGCACACAGACUGUACCAGUAGAAAAUUGGGUGACUUGUAAUUGAUCAGAAAUGUUUGAUUCUCAAUUAUCAUGAACAGGUUGUUCUUGCAUUAAAAAACAUCUUACUCAAGGCAGGCCUUGUGUGAAUCACAUUUUUAAAUUUGAGGUUCCUUUACCUCAAAAAUCAGUUAAUUGGUUACCUUAGACCAGACCAGUUUUAGCCUUGUUUUAGAAGAAGUGCUGGGCUGAUGUAAUUUAGGUAUAUAUUUGUAAUUGCAUGUGCAAGUUGAGUCAACUGUACUGGCCAAAGUGGACUUCUUUAACCCAAGGGCAGCUCUUCCAGCCACCUGCAGAGUCAGUAGACUUUGUUGAAGGUGAACUGUGGGGAAUCCCUUCCUCUUGUGGAAGGCAAAAUUUGGUCCUGGAUCCAAAUGCCAGUGUGCAAGCGUACAGUAGGUGAUGGUCCUUUCCUUCAGAGCUAUUUUGGGUUGGGCCUAUCUUCCUCUCCCUUAUGCAGUGCAAUAGCAAAAUCUGGCUUAGCAGUCCCCAGUGUUUGGGUGAUAGGCAAUAUACAUCUUGACUGCACCAGCUUAUUGUUUAUGCAAUGUUAGGAACUAGUUUUUUACAUAGGUAAAUAUUCUAGCCACUGCACUCUUUUUUUCUGAAAUCCAGUAACCAGAGCCAGUUGCAAACUAGCAAUGUAGUUACUAUAGGCCAAACAUACAUUCAACAUUAAGGAAUGGGUCCUCUGAACACAUGCUCAAGUACCCAAGCAAUCUCAGACCAGUUUGCAUUUCUAGCAUUUCCUGGUGCAACUGAUUUGGUUGCUGUAGUCCUUGUAGCCCUCUGUGUCAUUGGAUGCCUUGCAAAAGGCACUGGCAGCUCCACUGCUUAGGGUGAAGCUCAAGUUCUCAAGAUGGGAAGGCAAGCUGAUCAUUGUACGACUCUAGAUGUUCCUUAGGCAAGCAGAAUGAUCAAAAAUCUACCCGCAGUCUAGGUGGGUGUAUGGAGACAAAGCAGAAGAAAUGGUAGAAAAGCUGGAGUUUUUAAAGAGUGUUCCCAGCUUACUGUGGAAACCAGUUUCACUCUGCUUGAGACAGAUUGGGUUCGACAGCAGAUGUGGGAGCCCAGGUUUCCCUUGAGCUGCCUGGAAGUGACACAGGAACAGCUCUUAAACUGUGCUUUGCUUGUAAGGUGAAAAAUAAACUUGGCAGUGAACGCUUCUCUCCUUCCCUCUCUUUUCCAACAAAGAUAUUUUAGUUCUGUAUGAUUAAAAAGUCCCCCUUUGGUUUCCUCUGUUUCUGAUCCUCCCCUGCCUCCCAAAAGGAGAGCAGUCUCCUCUCCUGUAUCAGCUCAGUGUUGGUGGUUAAUGUAAACACAGAAGAUAUUCUGGAAAUUCCUGAAAGAAAGCUGCUCCAUUGUCCCUCUGCAAGAGCAUGCUCUUCACCUCCCUCUGUGACACUAAGUGGAGACAUGCUUCUGCACUUGCUUCUGCACAGGCAUGUCACCCCAGCAGCAGCUUUUAAUGUUCAUUUAUAGGGUGCUUUUCAUUCCUUCAACAAUAAAUAGCAGAGUGUACCGGGAGUGGGGGGGGGGAGGGGGGAGAAGGAGGUAUACAAAAAGCUCCUAUUAAAUAUCGGUAAGGAUUGAAGUGGCAAAGAAGAAACCUGCACUCAUACAAAGCUAGGCAAGCAAUCCAGAUCUCCAGGUACCUGUUCACCGUCAAGCAUUGCCAAUGAUAGGUUGCAUGUUUAAAGACAGAAAGGGAAGUAAGGUCCUUAGUCCAUUAGAUAAUUGAUAGUGGGCGCUUGUCCUUUGAUGCAAAACCAUGUGGCACACACAUGUGACUUUGAUGGUUUUAUUGUCAAUCAGACUAAUUCCAAAGUCCAAGGAUGUAGGUACAGCUUAGUAGAGUCUAGGUGCACUGCAAUUUACAGAAGCACAAGCCUUUGAGCCUAAGUCAAAGGUUAGGCUUCCUUUUAAAGUGUGAUUUCUGAUAGGUAUGUCCUGAGCUUUGACAGCCAGCUGGCAAAACUCCAUCCUCCCCUAAAUGGGGGUGGCUUGCACUUUCCCAAGCACUGAGAAUUUCUGAAAACACUGAACAGUGUGAGGUCACUGAAAAGAGUUAGGUCCAGCCAAAAAUCCCUUUAAAACUAGAGAAAACUAGCUGUAAAGGGGUGAUAUUCCCACUGCUCCCUCUUGCAAGUGAAGAUCUUUCCCAGCUUUGCUUCUGCUUGAGCAUUUGCAAUGUAGCUUCUCUGAGGCAACAGCCUGGUCAGCAGGCACCUCCAAGGACAUUACCAAGGCAAAGUUUCCCAUUUUGGACCCCCCCCCCCCCCACAGCAACAAAUAAGUAUGCAAGCCCAUUUUUAUUUUAUUUUCUAUACCAUCCUGGAUUUCUUCCACAGAAAAGAUUAAAGUGUGGUGAACUGGUAAAAACCUCACAGAAGGAGUCACUUGGGUUACUCAGAGCUGCUGUCACUGGCUGCCAACUGAUCUCUGGAAAAAAGGAAAGGUAGUUGCCUAGUCUUAGACAACAUAACCCAUAAUGGGUUCACCAAGCUUAAGAAUAAGCCAUAUUGGCCUAAGGCAAGCCACUGUAUGGGAUUUGUUCUAGAUUCACACAAAAUGGCAACCACAGUGGCUUGUCAUCUGUGAUGGAGUUCUGAGUCAUGCAACUUCAGUAAAUGAUAGCCUAGAAAUAAAGAUCUUACAGCUUUUCUUUUUAAAAAGUUAA